GCCUGGUGGCUGCUCUUCGCUCGGCUGUUGUCCUUAUAUCACUCCGCUAGCAUGGAGGAGGGGAGUGCUUGAUUAUUGUGAUGGUGGCAACUGCUGCUGUACACAUCGGCGACUGUAGGAUUUCCUCUCCAGUGAUCAGGACUUUAAGAAACUGCACACCUUUUUCGCGCUGCGGGGAGGGUUUCAACGGCCCAACUAAUGAAAUGCAAGUUCACGAAACAACUCCGGAGCCUGUUCGCAGCACACGGCAAAACUUUUUUCAAAAGGACAACACAAUAAAACGACGGGCUCGCGGCAGCGGUGGUUAUGUGUGAUGGUUGCGACUAACAGCCGGAUGUUUGAUGGAGCUCCAGUAGAGGCGAGAGAGUAACAGAGGAAGACAAACGGGGUGACCCCGGUCGCCUCUCUCGCUCCUCCACUGGCCCCGUACUGUUGUGUAUAGUCUCGCAAACGGUUGAGGCAAUAUUGAAUGGUUGACACGGUGAGCCUCCCGGAGGAGGGAACCAGCCACUGCCGAGCAUUUACACUCAUUUAAAAGCUUUCUUCACUGUAUCCGUCUCCCUGGCGAAGCGGACUCGUGCCCCGAUUUGGAGAGGGGAGAGCAAGAGUCAGGGGGGCUUGACAAAGUUCUUCCCAAACCCUGUGUAUCCAGGCACAGAUGAUGGGGGAUUUUGCCAGCCCCGCUGCCGUACCAACCGGCGGCGGCAUUUGCAUUAAUAACAGUAACGUGAACUUAAACUCUGCCCUAAAUUCAACGAACAGCGGCGGCACCGGCGGCGGUAACGUGGGCAUACCGAAGCACAGCACGGUGGUGGAGCGGCUCCGGCAGCGGAUCGAGGGCUGCCGGCGGCACCACGUCACCUGCGAGAGCCGAUACCAGCAAGCUCACGCCGAACAGCUGGAGCUGGACCGCCGGGAGACGGUGAGUCUGUACCAGCGGAGUUUAGAGCAGCGGGCCAAGAAAUCUAACAACAGCAAACAUCAGAGCAAGCAGCAAGACCCCGAUGCAACCGCGACCACCGAGCAGAGGAACAGCACUCUGAUCGCGCUCCAGGAGACAGUGAAGAGGAAAUUGGACAGUGCCCGGUCUCCAUUAAAUGGUGACCAAAAUGGGCUCAGUGAUGGGAGCUACUCUCCCACAACAAAGAGACUACGUAAGGAAGGAUGCACUGGAAUGGACUCCCUGGGAAGCCUCCCUCCCAUUUCCCCACUACAUCAAAUGGACAUCAAACCUACCUUGCCUUUGGGCAACAACAAUGCCUCCACAAACAAUGGAACCGGCAAUGGCAGUGCUGGUACUAACCACAUUACCGGACGACCUGAGGAUUUAGGCAAGAACGGUGGAAUGCCUGACAUUAAACUGAAUGGUUCAUUGGAUUUGGACGAUGGCUUUAGCCUAUUAAAGGACAUGAAACAAGAGCCUUUGGACGAUGCUGGUGGAAUAGAAUCAUCGGAUACAUCGCUUUCAAAUCAGAACAAGCUGUUUUCUGACAUCAAUCUGAAUGACCAGGAAUGGCAAGAACUGAUUGAUGAGCUGGCAAACACAGUGCCUGAAGAUGACAUGCAUGACCUCUUCAAUGAGGACUUUGAGGAGAAGAAGGAAGUUAGUGACUUCACACGGGCCACGACAGAACAAACGCAGCUUACACAAGACCCAGCACCAAACCCUGUAGCUACGGCACCCAACAGUACACCACAACCACAGUGUGGCCAGAUACCCAUGGGCUCACCUCAAGUACGGCCAUCUUCCUCUGGUCCCCCUUUUGCAACUGCUGCCAAUGGUACACCACCCCAGCAACCCUUGCAGCAGUCACCAGCAGUUGGAAUGCCAUCAGGAUCGCCCGCAAACUGUGUGGCCCGGUCUCCACAAACACCUACCCAGGCUCAGACGCAGGCCCUAAGACCUGGGAAUGGAUAUAUGAUGAAUGCAGGUCCUGGUGUUGGCCCUGUGGUAUCAACACAAGGAGCAGCAGUGGGCCCUGGAGGAGGAACUGCAGGUGGAGGUGGGCCUGUUGCUGUCCCACCAAACUCUGAACUUUCCCCGGCCGAGCAGCUGAAGCAAAUGGCUGCCCAACAACAGCAACGUGCCAAACUUAUCCAACAGAAGCACCAGCAGCAGUCCCAGACAGCAAGCUGGUCACCUGCAGGAGCACCAACAAGCCCAUACAGUGGACCCUUUAACCCAGACAAACCAAAUAGCCCCAUGAUGUAUCCACAGGCUUUCAAUUCCAGCAGCACAAUGGGGCCAAAAACACCAAGCAUGAACAACUACCUCCCACAGAACCACAUGAAUAUGCUCAACCAGCAGCCACAGCAGCAAUCUAAUAACUUGGCUGCCCAAAACAACCUCAAUAAGCAGCUCUCUUAUAACAACACCAAGCCGCUGACCCAUUUUAGUGGAGUAGACCACAUGAGUCAGCGGAUGACGCCUCCCAUGGCCAAUCCAGCUAAAAACCCGAUGAUGCCCUACAUGCAGGGUGCUGCAGGGCAAGGGGGUGGCCCACCACAAGCUCCAGGUCCAAUACCCAGCCAGACAUCCCAUCUAAAUGAGGAACAGAAGAGGAUGAUGUUGAUCAAGCAAAAAGUGCUGAGUCAAGGCUUGCCGUAUGGCACUAUGCAGCAGCAUGUACAGGAUCAAGGUUUGGUUGUACUGUCGCGGCAGGCAGGUGGAGUCCAGCCACCUCACGGAGGACCAGGGGGCGUGGCCUCAGCAGGGCCUAACGGUGUGGGGCCUGGCGGUUAUAUGGGCAAUCCACAGCAACAACAGCAAGCGGCCAUGAUGAAACAGAUGAUGGCUAUGGAGCAGGAGAAGAGAGUUCAGCUUCAUCUGAUGGAGCAGCAGAAAGCACAGCUCCUGAGAGAACAGAGACAACAGCAGCAGCAACAGCAUAUGCUGGCAGAACAAUUACAACAGCAGCAGCAGCAGCAUCUCCCAAGACAGAUGAGUCAGGCACAGAGGAAUCCAUACCCACUCCAACAGUUUCAAGGCACGUCCCAGGAGAUUGCAGCAAGGAACCAGACGCUACAGAACUUGCGGAACGCUCGACUUCUGCAGCAGCAGCAGCAGAACCCGGGGAUCCUGCAGAUGACGCCCGUCCAGAAUUCUGCAGCAAUGCCUUCACAGGGAGACAUGAGCAUGGCAUAUGGAGGCCAGGCAGGUGCACAACCAGGCAUUUACCAGGGUAUGAACCCAGGCAUGGGCCAAAUGCUCCAGCAGCAACAGCAGCACCAUCCCAACCAAAGUGGCAUAACGAUGGCACAGAGACAAGCGGGUGCCGGUGGACAGGGAAUGGUCAUCGGAGGAGCGGGAGGUGGGUAUGGGCAAGGAAUGCUCAUGAACCCGGCCCUCUCGCAGCAGCAAAUGAAAUCAGGCGUCGUUGCCCCUGGUGGGCAGCCAUUGGCCAAAGCCCAGGUUCAAAGACUGCAAACCAUGAUGGGAGGUGGAGGCCAGACGUGGCCUCCGCAACAGCAGCAAAAUAUGCAGGCCAUGGCUGGUAGGACUUCAAACGACAUGGCGUUUAAUAGUAAUCCUGCAUAUGCCAUGCAAGGUGGGCAGCCUCCUAGGAUGGCCAAGCAACAUUUUGCCCAAGCGAUGGGUGGACAGAGUAUGGUGGACCCACGUUCUAUAAAUCCAGCAGCAAUGGGUGGGCCAAUGAUGUCACACAUGGCAGGGCAACCAAGGGCCAACCAGCCAAGGGGUAUGGUGAUGCCAGCCAUGAACCAGGGCGUGCCCAACAUGGCUGCUUUCGGACAGGGGUCUGCUCAGGGUAUGCCGGGGUCAUCAGGAGGGGGAGGGCCAUACAUGCCAGGUGGUCAGCCUCAGGGCUACCAGAGGACGUCCAAUCAGGACCUGGCAUAUGGUUACGGCAGCCAAUCAGGGGCUGGGCCUGGGGUUUCGUUCAGCCUAUCGGAUGGGACAGAUUUGGAUUCAACAGAAGGUUGGUUGGAAGAGUUUUUCCCCAACCAAUAGCCUAAGUGAUUUUUUUUAAUAGAACAGUUUUAUUGAAAAUGUGAUUUUUGUUUUGUUUUUUAUUACAUGGUCGACAAAACUAAAAAUAUAGUACAUGUUGUGUAUUACAUGUGUGUGCUGUCACAAUAUUUAAUCAAACUGCUCUCUGUUUGGGUUGCUUCUCGAGUAAGAAUCCUUAAGAAAUGUUUUUUUUUUUUUUUUUUUUUUUUUUUACUUUAAGAAUACCGUUCUCCAACAUUUUCAUGUAUGUUUUGUCAAUUUUCAUUUUUUUAAGUCCUUUACGCUGUUCUAAGGGCAAGAGGCACUAAAAACUUGCAAAAAUCCAAAUAUAUAUAUAUAUAUAUUUUUUUUUUUUUUUUUUUUUUUAUAAUGUAUUGUUUUUAGAUCUUAACCUUUAUCCUGACAUACCUGUUCAAGUAGUGUAUGAAAGCGAGUGUGUGGAAAUCUGAGGUAGGCCUUUGUCAGCAAUGGAUCCCUUUUCCCAAACCAAACAAUUCAGUACACCACUUCCCCUCUUUCUUCUGUCUCACACAUUCUCUCUCUCUCUCCCUGCUUUUGACCUGUGUAGUGAUCCUCUGCAUUUGCUCUGCUUUCUGUGAGUCUGUGUGUGUUUAUUUGCACUAUGAGCAUCACAACAAAACACAUCAGACUGUGUUUGUUCUUAGUGCAUGCAAGAUAGAUGCUCUGCUGUCGCUAGGCGACCGUUGUCAUUAAAAGAGUGAAGCUGCAUGCGUGCGUGCGUGCGCGUGUGUGUGUGUGUCUCAACUGAGUGCUUAUUAAUAUCGCUUGAAGAGAUUUGGCAGCUACAAACUUCUCUCUCCCCUCGCUAAAACUGUGAGAAAGAGAUGUUUUCUUUAGUCAUAAUGGCAGCUAGAAAGGAGUGCAACUAUUACAUGGCUCAAAACAGACAUUUCACCAAGUAUAAAAUAAGGUUUAUUGAUGGGUUUUAAUGUAACAUUCUGCAGACAUUUGCAAAGAUCGGAAGAAACGUUCAAUGUUGUGAAUCAACGUCUCAGAUAUCUAUUUUUAAAACCAAUAUUUGACCUUUAGAUGAUUCGCAACAUUCUAGUUUUUGUUUUCUUUGUUUGUUGUAAGAAUUAACAUAAUUACCUGUGAACACUGGUUCGAGACUUACAGUACAUACUGUUUUUCCGCUGAUGGGACAUGUCACUUUUCCCCUUUCAGUUGACCAAGCAAAUUACUGAUAUUUGUUAGUUGCUACCAGAGCACACAGUUAUCUAAGAGAAAAUUAUUUCAAACUCUUCUGACACUCCUCUAUCCACGAAUCCACUGAAUGCUUGAGAAAGGAAAGAUAAUUACAUCAGAAGACUCUGGCAAUCGAUGUAUAAUCCAGACACCUUUCUCUGUCGUCUUUCUUCCAAAUCGCAACAAAUUUUCAACAACAAAUGUAUUGGGAAGUUUAAUUUUAUGAUCCAUGUCUGUUAUAUCAAAAAAUGUGUGUUCAUUGUGUUCAAAAAAAAAAAAAUUCCACAUAAAGAAUGGUUUGUUUGAGAUGUGUAGUGUUCCUUACACAAGUUUUGACCUGGUAUGAUUUCAAAUGCCAUCCCAAUAUGACAAGCCUUUAUCUUACCGCUAAGUACUUGACUUGUUUUUCAGACCUAUUUUUGCCAUCUGACGUUGACCUUGAAAUGUCACAUAAAUAAGUAUAUCAGUCUUUUCUCCUCUGUUGUGUGUGUUGCUUUAUGGUGUCAUAGUCAUAGCCAUGGUGUCUAGUUCUCUGUGAUCAAACUCUAUUUUAAGUCUAGUUUGAUUGUUUCAGCUCUCUGAGGAAUGUAACAGGAAUGUAACAUUGUGACUGACUUGCCCCUCGUUACAUUAUGAUUUUAUUUUAUUUUACAAAAACGGUUUCAUUUUUGUCUUAAUGGGAGAAGAACACAUUCACAUCUUCAGUGUUUCACAAUAGUGUUAUAUUGUUGCCCUGUCAAGAGGAUUGCAGAGGGAGGACAUGAGGUCCAUGUUCUCCAACUGUCUCACCAAAUAUCAACAAUCUGGGACCAAGUUUUUGAUUUCUGUUGAAGUCAUUGAUCUUACUUUUUUCCUCCUUUUUUAUUUCGUACUGGUGCUGACAUAUAUGUGAUGGAAAAAGAUAUAAAUCAGAUACAGUUAUUUGUAAAUAUGUUUUUACAAUUUUAAAUACAUCAGAGGAUAAGUCUGUACUCACUGUAAAGAUAUUGCUGUUUAAGAUAGAGAAGUAUUUUUAUUUAAUCUUUUUUCCACUUUUAAACUCAUCUGAGCUAUACCAUUGCACUUCAGACAAUGUCUUACUACUAAUUUGUAAUGUAAACUUCCUCUAAUUUUUAUUUUGAAGGUUUUUUCUAGUUUUAAAAUUUUACUCUGUAUCUAAAGCAGUGCUUUUUUUUUUCAAUGUACAGAAUUAUGUAAAUGGUUAUGCCAGAGAGUUACAAAAAGAUUUUUUUUCUUUUUCUUUUUUUUUUUUUCAGGAAAAAAAAAUACAUUAAAGAGAUUGAUCAUUAAAAAAAUG